AUGAACUUGGAAGAAUAUUUUAUAGAAGUUAAGCCUCAAGAAUUUCAGCAAUUUUUAAGAAAUUUGCUUCAAAAUUCUCAAAACUGGGCGGUUUUUUGCUCAAAUUUGCAGAUUUUUAUGAGUUUUUUCGGCGUUUUUUUCAACAUUUUGCAUAUUUUCAUACUUUUGAACAAAUCUAUGAGACGUCAGGCAACUAAUGUAUUGAUUAUUGGAAUUGCUAUCAGUGAUAUUUUUUAUUUAUUUUAUUAUGUCGAAGGAGGGACCAGAGAAUUUUUGGAGAAUGGAAUUCCGGGAAAAUGCCGGCCCAAAAAGACAGAAUUUCUGGCCUAUUACAUCUGGAUUGUAACAAUUUUCAAGGACGUUUUUCGUCGAGUUUCCGCAUUUUCAGGCGUUUCACUGGCUCUAAUUCGGUACCUGGUAAUGAAAUACGGGGCCCGUACCAACAUCCGGGUCUAUGUAACUACUUCAACCAGCUGGGCACUAUUUUUCAGUACAAUUUUGUUCAGUUUAGUGAUAUCAUCGAUAAAUCAUGUGAGGUAUAUUGUGAUGAGAUAUCCAGACUGGGUGCCGCCUGAGAGCUGCAAAAUGUACCCUCCAAACACCACACUUCCCUGGUUUGAGCAAGUUCAAAACCCGGAUCUCGGCGAUUUUCAACGACAAAUUUCCACUAAAUUUCUGUACAUUGACGGAGUUUUUAAGAUAAUUCCCCCGAUUUUAUACCCAUUUCUAGCUUUUGGGCUUCUUUGGGAGCUGAAAAAAGCUCGGGACAGCCGGAAAAUUUUGAUGAGAAAGGGGGAAGAGCACGAGAUGGUACACGUGACAAAAUUGGUGAUUUUUAUGACAAUUGGCUAUUUUUUGGCUGAAACUCCCGUUGGUAUUUCAUAUUUUUAUUUGGCAUACAAUAUGGGAGAAGAUUUUGGGAUUAUAUUUCUGGCCAACAACAUUACGGUCAUUUUUGUGACAUUUUUAAUUAUAAACUCAUCAAUUCACUGCUUCUUUUGCUUUUUCUUGUCUUCACAAUAUCGAUUGGCUUUUUGGAGCAUUUUUGGUUGUAAAUGUGCAAGUUCUGGGAGUAGUGUGUCAAAUUCGCGGAAUAUGAGCUCCAUGUGA